CAUAGACCAGUCGCAGCCAUUUUACUCCGCGAAAUAAACUUCAAUCUCAACAGCUGGGAGGAAAAACACAUCACGGACACAUAUCCCCGCUGACAUUAAUGGAUAUCUUGUUGUGAAGCAGUUUGGGGUUUCAAGUCUCCGCACUUCGGUCUGACUCGAUGGCUUAACGUGACUUUAGAAACUCUUCUGGACAUCUGUUCCUCUUUCCUUUGCUGUCCUCUGCUAUUACAGGUAGCAGCGAGACGUGACCAAAGGGACGUUGAUCCGUAAACCCGUGUCCCCUCCAGAGGCAGCAUGGAGCCCCAGGCCUCUCAGGGGCAGCUUGGAAUAGAGGGGGAUUGUGGGAUGUUGAAUCUGCUGCUGCCCAGUCCCCAGAGCGAGGCGGUGACCCAUGAGAUGGAGGAGCUGUCCCUGCAGCCGCUGCCUCCACUCAAUGAACGCAAAAAUGUCCUGCAGUUGAGGCUUCAGCAAAGAAGAACCCGGGAGCAGCUGGUGGAUCAGGGCAUCAUGCCACCUCUGAAGAGCCCGGCAGCUUUCCAUGGGCAGAUUCGCAGCUUGGAGAGAGCCAGGACUGAGAAUUUCCUCAAGCACAAGAUCCGCAGUCGUCCAGAAAGAGCAGAGCUGGUCAGGAUGCACAUCCUGCAAGAGACCGGAGCAGAGCCCUCACUUCAGGCCACCCAGAUGAGACUGAAGCGAGCCCGACUGGCCGACAACCUGAACGAGAAGAUCGCCCAGAGACCCGGCCCCAUGGAACUGGUCGAGAAAAACAUCCUGCCGGUUGAUUCCAGCGUAAAACAGGCCAUCAUCGUAGGCCAGGUGAAUUAUCCCAAAGUCCUGGAUGAAGACAGCAGCGAGGCCUUGUCCCCAGAGCAGCCAGCCAGCCAGGAGUCUCAGAGCUCCAUCCCCUCUCCCGUGGAGAGCAGAGUGCCGGAGACACCCUCUCCAGUCCUAGCACCUCCUCCUCCUCCACCCCUACACAAUACCGUGCUGCAGGCAUUCCCAGUUUCUCCACAAACAGCAGCUGACUUUGUGAAGGUGAUCUCCAUCAAUGAGCUGUCUUCCAGCCGCCCAGCUAUCCAAACAGCCGCUUCCUCAAAACCAGGCCCGACACUGGUGAAACAAAGCCAGCAGAAGACUCCCUCAGAGAAGAGCCGCAGUAAGAAGAACAAAGAGCCCAAAUCCCGGGUGAAAAAGCUCAAGUACCACCAGUAUGUUCCCCCAGACCAGAAGCAGGAGCCCAGUGAAGCCCCCAUGGACUCCUCUUACGCCCGACUACUGCAACAGCAGCAGCUGUUCCUCCAGCUGCAGAUCCUCAGCCAGCAACAGCAGCACUACAACUACCAGACCAUACUACCUGCACCCCUCAACUGGCAGCAGAGCGACUCAUCUGUCUUCUCACACUGUUUCCAUGCAGGCUGGCCUAAAUCUGUGGCGGAGGGGCAGAGCAGCAACGGCAGCACCCUGCCAACCUCCAUCAUGGUGUCUCUGCCCGCUGCACCUCAACCUCCCCCCGUGGGUCGUCCAAACAACUCGCUCUCCAACCGCAGGCCGGGGGUCCUGCCUGCCAACCUGGAGGAGAUGAAGGUGGCGGAGCUGAAACUAGAGCUGAAGCUGCGCGGUCUCCCCGUGUCGGGAACAAAGACUGAUCUGAUAGAAAGACUGAAGCCUUUCCAGGACAACACCAGCAUCUCUGCUCCUUCCACCAUCACUGCCCCUUCCACGACCACCCUCUCCUCCAUGCCCAUGGAGGUCACCUCCACCAACACCGCCCCUACUAUAAUCCUUCCAAUCCAGCAGGUAGCUGCAGGGAGUGUUAAAUCCACACCGCCGGUCUCACCCAAUCCCACUGAUCGCUCCACCCUGCAGCAGGAUGUAGGCAUGUCGGAAGGACCCACCGAGACUCCGAUGAGCGCCGGCUGGGCAGAUCCAAGCUCCUCCCCCCUCCAGUCGUUCCGAGUCCCGGAGGAGAAGGACAGGAGGCUGCAUGAGAAGGAGCGGCAGAUAGAGGAGCUGAUGAGGAAGCUGGAGCAGGAGCAGAGGCUGGUGGAGGAGCUGAAGAUGCAGCUGGAGGUGGAGAAGAGGACAGGCACCACAGACUGUGCAUCUCUGUCUCCCAUACUCACCACUGUACCUACCAUGACCGCUGGUCCUGCUCUUCUGAACUCAAACGUGGUAAAAAUGGAGGGUACAGUCCUGUCAAACUGUUCUUCCACCACAGCUUCAAUCCCAAACUCCAUCCUGGGCUCCCAAUCUCUCUCCCCUCUGCCAACUGUGGUCAAGUUAGAGGAUGUGACUGUGUCCUCCGGCAAGCCGAUCCAACUUCAGCCCCAAACCCAGCUCAUCGCCCAAAUCCAGCCACAAGCCCAGUCCCAAGUGACCACCAGCCCUCAGAUACUCCCGCAGUCACAGAGAAGCCCCAAACCCCAGUCCCAGCCUGCAGCCCCCAGCCUGCAGCAGUUCUUCAUCAGCCACACAGGCCGUGUGUCCCAGGUGCUGGGUCAGCCUCAGACCUUGUUGACCACAGGCCAGGCUGGAACCCAGAUCCUCCUCCCAGUCUCACUACCCAACAACACUACUGCGAUCCAGCUGCCAAACAACACUGUUAGCCUGCAGCCGGUUCUUCAAGCCACAGUCUCCAAUCCAAGCCUGGUUCAGACUUCAGUUCCUCAAUUGAGAACCACUAACAUGGAGACGACACUCAACAAGCACAUGAACAACCGAAACCCACUGAUGCAGACUCUGACUAUGUGCAAUAACACGUCGGGUUUGGAGAACCAGGCUAGGCCUGAAAUGAAUCCCCAGUGUUUCCUGAGAAGUUCCCCAGAGAGCAGGGUCUCUCCUCGGGCUUCACCCAACCACCACAUCUCCAACGGACCAUUCAAUAAGUCGUCCUCUCCUCAGCCUACCUUCAUCCUUCAGCCCACCUCCCUGGUUUCUCAGCCUCCGAAAACAAAAGAGCCUCCCCGCUAUGAGGAGGCUGUCAAACAGAGCCGCAACAUGCACGUCAACAACAUUUCACAGGUUCCCACGGCAACCAGCCAGCAAAUGGAUGAUUUGUUCGACAUUCUCAUAGAGAGUGGAGAGAUCACUCCAUUCAUCCAGCAUGAUCCCUCAGUGUCUCUCACUAAGACCCACCCAGUCACAGCGAACAUCACCACCCUGCCCGUCAGCACCGCCAUCUCCAGGCCACCUCCGCAGAUCCAGCUGGCCCCUCCCCCGACCCUGAGCCCCGUCAUCGGUCAGAACAUGCCCAGCCUCUCCUCACUGGCCUCAGACAACCAGCUGGAGGCCUUCCUGGAGCGUACACUGGCCGACACCACGGCAUCAUCAGACCCGCGCACGCAGGGCCUGAUGCUGGAGCUGCAGGCGCAGCUGAUGGAGCAGCAGCCCUACUCGCCAAUGGACACGUCAGACCUGUCCUUCUGCGACUCCUCCUCGCCGCCCUCCUCCCUCAACAUGGGACUGACGGACCCCGGCCUGGACAACAUGGAGUGGCUGGACCUCACCAUGCCACCGGGUCCAGCCGGGGCGCUCACACCACUCGGGAUACCUACGGACUUCCUGGAUUCACAUGACCUGCAGCUGCACUGGGACUGACGGGGGGACAGCUGAAAGAAAAGAUCCAGAGAAAGGAGCCGCAGAGCCACAGAAAGGAUUUAUGGAUGGAUAAGAAGAAAGGAGGAGAAAAAGGAGACUGCAAAGAUGAAACGGUUUCAAGCAAAAAAAAAAAAAGAAAGAAGGCAAAAUAAGGAGGAAAAGUGGCAUUCCUGUACCAUCUCUCUCUGCACAGACCAUCCAUACCACCUGUAAAAUUCCCACUUUAUUACAAUAAGAAGUGCUGUACAGGCAGUGCACUUAAGUGAAACUACGAGCAGGAGUUUGCACAGCUUUAAAAAGAGGUCUCCUGACGCCACUCACGGGAUUUUAAACGUGAUUUUAAGGAUGAUUUGCAGAUAUAAGAAGACAGAGCCAAAUACCACUGGUAGCAUGGACUGUUUGUUAAUACACUUUAACCCACACUAAGGGCCGUUUUCACAUAUGCACUCCCCAAAAACUUCGGGACACUGUCUCAGACGCGUGGGGGGAAAAAGAAGACCCAGAAGCAACAGAGUCCGCUACACACUGCUAUAAUGAAAUGAUUUGCCUUCAUAUCAAUGCUACAGUACGUGUAGUUCUAAGAAUCACAAUAUCAACAAAAGAGCUAAGAAGAACAUACUGGAGAUCAGAAACAAUAAUGAAGCCGUUUAAUUAUGCGCACACCGGUCGCAUGCAGGCACUCUGGUCGAGCACUGAUCGCAGGGAAUAAACAUCACCACUCCCUCGAGGUGAAUUCUCCAGCAGCGUUCCCACAUCAGCUCAUUUAGACUUUCUGUUGGAAAAAUACAAGGGGGCUGUUUUGUGCAAUUUGCAAACAAGGCUCAAUACACCUGAACUUUGUCUCGGGACAGUGAGCCAGAUAUCAAUGGCCGAUAUUUUCCUGACUGUUUCUGCUGGAAGUCUUUUGCCCGGCUGGCUUUCAGUUUGAACAUGUACUCUGUGAGCACAGUAGCAGCAUUUGAAAGUGUUCCCUAAAAAACUUCUGGAGUUAUCCAGACAUGAAGCCGUCUGUUCUGCUGAAGCACACUGUGCCAUUCAGCAUAUCAAAGCUACGUCAAAGCACAAUGACUGUGUGACAAGAGUGCAGAAGAAACCCAGUUAGAUUGAAUAAAUCUAGGACAUUAGGUCCUCUUUAUUACACGUUUGAAGCUGGCCUUGGACAGCUACGUUUUAUCACUACAGGUUCUGAUCCUGACCACUGGGAAGUCUUAGACUGACUGGGGGUCUGGGAUGCUCUAUCCUGUCUUGGUGCUGGACAAAUCAAAUGUUUAAGUUCCCUUUAAGUCUAACGCACGAGUCAGCCAAUUUUUAAAGCGACCCCCAGCUGAGAGGAGGUGAAGCCUCUUUUCUCACUGGUCCACUCUAAACAUUCUGAUGAUCAUAGACGACAUGUUUGCUGACUAAUCUGAUGUGUUGUAUCAGAUGUGACUGUUUUCUUCCGACCCAACACGACCCGGCUGGUCAAGCCGAUGAACCAAUGACUGUAAAGAACAAAAACGCUCGACUUAAGUCGGACGACGAGAGGAGCAAGCUCCUCCGCCUCACGUGAGAGCUAUGCACUAAAAAAAAAAAAAAAAAAAAAAGGCGCCUCAUCCACCUCAGAACAAGGAAAUGUGAACUUUGCAUAAAACAAGGUGUUUUCUCAUAUGAAGUGAUCCGUUUCAAAGAUCACACGGCCAAAUGCUCCAGAGAGAUAAUGCAGUUGUUGUCCAAGAAUCAAACUUUGAAUGUAGUUUUUAAAAGAUUGAAGAAGAAAAAAAAGGACAUUUAAAAGUUGGCAGCUGUUUUUUUUCUCCUGACUUUAAACUGACAUAAAAUGUUGGAAAGGGAACAUAUAUCAAUUUAUAACACAAGCAGACACGUAUAGGAAAAAGGGGUGAAAUGUGUGUGUGUGUGCUGCAAAUUAUAUCAAGGAAUCAAGAUGUCUUUGGAGGAGAUGAGCUUUAUAUGGAGCUGUCCUACAGUAUAUCCCUGCACUUUGUGUGUGUGUGUGUGUGUGUGUGUGUGUGUGUGUGUGUGUGUGUGUGUGUGUGUGUGUGUGUGUGUGUGUGUGUGUGUGUGUGUGUGUGUGUGUGUGUGUGUGUGUGUGUGUGUGUGUGUGUGUGUGUGUGUGUGUGUGUGUGUGUGUGUGUGUGUUGCAAAUUACUACACCUCUAGCCAACUGAUGUGCUAGCUAAUAACUACCUGUUGCUAAUAAGUCAAUCUGCUUUAACAGCGGCUAGCCAUUAUGUGGAGGAAUCAAAAUAAUCCAACAUUCGAUCGGUGAAACAGUCUCACUUGUGAUGCGUCUAAACGACUUUGUUUCCCGACCAGGGAGUAAGUUAAGCAAGAAAGCAUGUUGAUUUGUGUGUGUAUGUAUGUGUGUUUGUCUUCCUGUCUCUUGCAUGUUCACCUGUGUCUCUGUGCAUGAUUGUAUUCAUGUUUAAUCUCGGGCUGUGUCGCCUGAAAGUCGUCUGAAGAAAAUGUGCUGAUAUCUCUAACAUCAAAUCUUUUAUUACAGAUCCGACAUAUUCCAAAACUCUACUAAUCAAUCGGCUUCUGAUGACUGUUUCUGCUUCGUCUCUGUUGUUCAGUUGGUGUCCUCCAGUCCAAAAAAAACACGCAGACACCUCUGAGGAGAGACGCACAGCCGUCAGUGAAGAGGGUUUAGCGACUUUUAACUGAUUGCAUCAUAUCCUGCUAACUGUUUCUUUCAAAGCUAAAUGUUGACUUCCUGAUUCAGUAUGGAUCAUAUUCCAUUAGGGUUGAUGCAGUUUAUCUGUAAGGCACUUCAAUAAAACAUUUUUUUUUUUUUUAAAUCAAAUGAUCAUUACAUUAAAAACACUUUAUCCUGUCAUUUCAUCCAUAGGCACUAGAGGGCACUACCUUGUUUCUUGUGCAGCUCCCCUUCCCAUUUUCACAGGCAACACAUGCUCACCUCAGGGUCACUUCAAGCAGAAAAAAAAAUCUCAUACUUUUUAUUUUUUUGACGCUGAUUUUAUGCUCACAUCAGCAAUAACUUGUUGACCCGAGAGCCCUUAAUGCCGGUGCUGUUUUAUCAUCAGAUCAGGCCAAGUUGAACUCCAAAUACUGCACACACCUGCAUUUUGGCUGUGUUGUUUUUCUUUUCUUUCUUUUCCUCGUCAAAGCUCCGUUCAGACACGACCUCAGUCGUCCUCACCCUCUGGUUCGUGCUCCUUUGGUUUUAGUUGCAAGGACCCUGAACCCCACUAAAAAGCUGCCUGCAGGGUUCACUUGUAUUUCAUUUGGUUUUUAAGUGUUGAGUCUGAUAUAGAAAGAGCUGUUCAUGUGCAUCCAGGAACAGCUGAUGAGUUAUUGUGGGUUUUUUAAAAUUCUGGAUUCUUUGAAGUUUUGAGGAUAUCAAAUUAGAUACUGAAUUACCAAAAAAAAAAGGCAUCGGGACGUAAUAUCACAUUGAGUUAAUUUCUCACUUUUAAAAAAAAUAUUUAUCAGUUUUUUUAAGGGUGUAAAACAAAAGAGAAAAAAAUACUCGUGUUCUGCUUAUGUAAUAUCUGAAGAAGAAGAUUUCAUGUGUAUAUUUUUGGUUUGCAUUUUUUCUUUUUUUCAUGUUAUUUUCCAUAUCAGAUAUAGUCAAACCUCUGGGCUGCAGUCUCUACACAUGUAUGCGAUGAGCACUCAAUGUGACACCACUUAACAUUGACAGGGACAGCAAAAAGCAAUAAUGGCUGCUCUCCCUUGAUGUACUGUACUGUAUGUCAGAUCCUGCCUUGGUUUCAUUAUUAUGAGAACCUUUAGUUCAGAGUAAUAGAUAAAGAAAAAAAAAGUUCAGAAGCACUUACAUGUGAGUGGUUAAGUUGUGGUUUAUUUUGAAUAACCCUCGUGAUGUUAGAGGGUUUUUUUUGGAAACACUGUUAGUCUGAAGGUUCCUGUCAGCUUCUUUACUUUGUACCAAAUGGAGGUAAAGGUGUUGGCUCAGGCUUUCCCAUAUCAGCUCGUCUGCUUGUCUUCAUUCCCUUGUUCAACAUCAUGUGAACAUUGAACAUCUUCAGGUGGAGAAGCUGGACCACAGAACAGAACUACAUUUUUAUUAUUAAAACUGAAAUUCACGGGACAUUAUUGGAAGGACACCAUCCUCUGUAUCUCCACCACCCAUGCCACGCCUCUUGUUGUUUGUAUGCCAUUUGUUUUGCACAUUGUGUACAUAUUUAUAUAGAUGUAAUGCAUAUUUUUAUACAUGUGUAACAUCCAUGGGUUCUCUAUUUUGUAAAUAUUCCAAAAGAUGUAUAUAAGUACUGUAUGCCUUUAUGUGUCAAUAAUAAAAUGGUGUACUGUGAA